CACAGGGAGCCUCGCUCUGGCAUCCAAUUGUGACGUGAUAAAGGCUUAUGACUGCGGAGGGGUGGCUGCUGGGGCACCUUGCUGGCAGAUGAUCGGACAGCCAGGAGAGAGAGGGACAAGUCAGCCUUGGUGCCCCUGAUCCUAGACCUAUACCAUCAGGGGAAACAGGAGCCCUGAGGUUUAUUCAGGAAGAUGCUGACCUGAACGUCCGGAACCCCCGGUCUGGCCAACAUGGAUGAAAUGCACACUCUGUAUUCUUCCCUGAAGAGACUGUUAUCUUUCUUCAAUGACUUCAGAGUUAUGUCUGGUUUGAUCCUCAUAGAUGGCCUGGGCAUCUAUGUCAAAUUCAGAGAGGCUGUCCUGGCAAGGGUCCUUGGGUUAUCCUCUGCAUAUCUCCUUAACACUGGCUGUCUGUGCCCGUCAGUGGGCUGCCUCACGGUGCUUCUUGGCUUUGUUGGGUGGUAUGGAGCAACCAGAGAAAAUAGGGGCACUCUUUUGUUUUGUCUCCUGUCCACAGUUACCAUUCUCAUUGUUGAAAUCAUAGUUGUCGCCGUGGUCCUUGCCCUAUUCCACAUUGUUCAAGAAAUGGCCUUGGAGCACAUCUUCGCAACCCUGAGGAAGAAUAGAGGUUACGAUGAGCCAGAUGACUGUUCCACAGAAUGGGACUUGGUCACGGAGAAGGUGAGCUCCAUCCACAUCCUGAGUGUGUUAUCAUGUGGAAGUGCCUGUGGGGAGAAGAAAUACACAGAUCUUUCCGUCUUCUCCUUUGAAAUGACAACUGUUGGUUACUCCUGCCCCAGGAGCCAUGGUAGAUCCAUUAGGACCACAGCCUGUGACGGACGCAACGUGUCCACGGACAUCACCCACCAGGAGGGCUGUUCCCUCAAGGUCUAGACAAUAACCAAGACUCAGAGCUUCAACUUGAGUGGUGGCUCACUGGAGGCAGCAGUGAUACAGCUGCCAGGAACAGCCACUUUGCUGCUAUUUAUCAAACGAGGCUGACAGAGCUGGGGGAUGGCAGGACACCUGACUUACCUAACUGCUGGAGAUUCUGUCUCAUUAUUAUUUCUCUGAGUCCCUCACUGCUUUUGGAAGAAAGAUUGGUAAUAAAAGAUUCUGGAAA